AUGGGCUUCCAGGAUCUCCCCACACUCCAACAGCUGGCGAUCCAGAAGCUGGCGAGUAAUGAAGACACAGCUGUCUCUGCUCUGAAGGACCUGCCCAAAGUCUUCUUCCCCCUACUGUUCAAGAAUGCCUUCAUUAAAAGACACGUAAAACUUGUGAAGCACAUGGUGGCAAAUUGGCCCUACCCAAACCUCUAUAUUGGCCCCCUGAUGGAUUAUUACCAUGUUGAUACCUUCCAGGCUGUGUUGGAUGCAGUGGAUUGGCUGAGUAGCCAGAAGGUUCGGCCUAAGAGGUGUAGACUGAAAGAGCUCAAUUUGGUGGAUGUCAACUGUGACUUCCUGGAAAUAUGGACUCCAACACGGGAUCUUCUCCGAGUCCCACCAACACAAUCAGAGGAGAAAGAGGAGGAAGAUCACACAACAGAGAUGGUGCAACCAAUAAGUGUUCAUGCUGACUAUGUCUUCCUGUACCCCAUUCUCAAACAGGACCAUGAGCACUUCUUUCGGUGGGUCAGGCAGAGAUUAGAUAUAAUGCCCUUCGCUUCUUAUAAGUUAGUACCAAAAAAGAAAAAGUUGAGACAGGACAAGAUGCAGGAACCCUUGGGGUAG